AUGUCGAUUUUGAGAUUAUUAUCGGAGGAGGUCUUUGACUACUCGGCGGACCAAAUGACCUCUGCCAAGACGAAGAACUUGAAGACGACAAUGUGUGCAGAAUUUUCAUCUAUCUUUCAACUUUGCAACGAAGUCCUGAAUAGCGCCACCCAAGCAAGUUUGAUCAAGGCUACUCUCGAGACGCUUCUUCGAUUCUUCAACUGGAUUCCUCUUGGCUAUAUUUUCGAGACGACCGUUAUUGAUACUCUCAGGGAAAGAUUUUUGGAGACGCCCGAAUUCAGAAAUGUCACAUUGAAAUGUUUGACAGAGAUUGGUGGACUCCAGACCGGCACCGGGAACAACUAUGACGAGAAGUUGGUUCAAAUGUUUACCGAAGUUUUGACCACAAUUUCCAAGAUCAUCCCCUUAACUCUCGACCUCAAGAGCACAUAUAAUUCAAGUAAUUCCAAGGACCAAGAAUUUAUCCAGAACCUGGCCCUUUUCUUGUGCAACUUCUUUUCCUCCCACUUGACUCUCAUAGAGAAUCUACCGAACCGCGAUUUCCUCACCCAUGGUCAUUUUUACCUUAUUCGAAUUUCCCAAAUCGAAGACCGAGAAAUCUUCAAGAUUUGUUUAGAAUACUGGACUAGACUUGUUCAAGAGUUGUACGAUGAACAACAAUCACUACCAAUUGGUGACGUUAACCCACUUGUUGGAAUGGGUGUGGGAGGUAUUUCAAAUCCUGGCGCGCCAAAUCCAAGUUUACUCGCGAACUACCCUCUCCGGAAACACAAGUACAAUGAAGUGCUUUCAAACUUGCGAGUCGUCAUGAUUGAGAAAAUGGUCAGACCCGAGGAGGUAUUGAUUGUUGAGAACGAUGAGGGUGAAAUUGUUCGUGAAUUUGUCAAGGAGAGCGACACAAUUCAACUGUACAAGACAACCAGAGAGUGCUUGGUUUACCUCACCCAUUUGGAUGUAGUCGACACUGAAAACAUCAUGACAGAAAAGUUAUCUCGACAAGUUGAUGGCAGCGAAUGGUCUUGGGCAAAUUGCAAUACUUUGUGCUGGGCUAUUGGAUCUAUCUCCCUUGCCAUGAACGAAGAAACUGAGAAACGUUUCUUGGUAACCGUCAUCAAGGAUUUACUCGGCUUAACUGAAAUGAAACGAGGAAAAGACAACAAAGCCGUGGUUGCUAGUAACAUCAUGUAUAUCGUUGGUCAAUAUCCACGAUUUUUGAAGGCUCACUGGAAAUUCUUGAAGACGGUCGUUAACAAGUUAUUUGAAUUCAUGCACGAAUCCCACGAAGGUGUUCAAGACAUGGCUUGUGACACGUUCAUCAAGAUCGCUAGGCAGUGCAAGCGUCACUUUGUUGCUUUACAACCUGGUGAAUCGGAACCAUUCAUUGAGGAAAUUGUAAGAACCAUGCGAAAGAUCACUUGUGAUCUAUCCCCACAGCAAGUACACACUUUCUACGAGGCGUGCGGUUAUAUGAUCGCAGCUCAACCACAGAAGAAUUCUCAAGAACGACUAAUUGGCGAAUUGAUGUCAUAUCCGAACGCCGCUUGGGAUGCCAUUAUCGCUCAAGCAAAUACUAAUCCACAAAUACUUCAAGAUGCUGAUACCAUCAAGGUCAUCGGUAAUGUUAUGAAAACUAACGUUUCUGCUUGCUCCUCAAUUGGAAGCUAUUUCUACCCUCAAAUUGGGCGCAUUUACCUUGACAUGUUGUCUAUGUACAAGGCAACAAGCACAAUGAUUUCUGAAGCAGUUGCAAAUGAGGGCGAAAUUGCCACCAAAAUGCCUAGGGUCCGAGGUUUGAGAACUAUCAAGAAGGAAAUUCUCAAGCUCAUCGAAACUUUUGUUGAGAAGUCUGAUGAUCUUGAGAUGGUACGAAAUAAUAUCGUUCCAGCUCUUCUUGAAGCAGUCCUUGUCGAUUAUAACCGCAAUGUGCCAGGUGCUCGUGACGCCGAAGUUCUCAAGGUCAUGUCUGUUAUUAUAACCAAGCUUUCUGGCCUCAUGGAAGAUCAAGUGCCAAACAUCAUGUCAAAUGUUUUUGAAUGCACUUUGGAAAUGAUCAACAAGGAUUUCUCAGAAUUCCCCGAACAUCGUGUCGAGUUUUUCAGCCUACUCCGCGCAAUCAAUCUCCAUUGCUUCCCUGCACUCCUCAAGCUUGAUAACAGACAAUUCAAGUUCGUCAUUGAUUCUUGCAUGUGGGCUAGCAAGCAUGACAACAGAGAGGUCGAACAUGCUGGCCUUAAUAUGUGUUUGGAGUUGAUCACUAACAUCGCGGAAACGGAUCCUGCAACUUCUAGCGCCUUCUUCCAACAAUUUUUCGUUCCAAUUCUCCAGGAUGUUUUCUUUGUACUCACCGAUACUGAUCACAAAGCUGGGUUCAAGUCGCAAGCAACUUUGUUGGCAAGGAUGUUUUACUUUGUCUACCCAGCUGAUGGUACUGUACCAAAGAUUCAAAUGCCAAUCUUUGCUCAGGAUCAAGCUCCACCAGGAGCAAGUAACAAAGAUUUCCUCACAAACUUUGUGGCUACUCUAUUGCAGAAUGCAUUCCCUAAUCUUCAAGCACCUCAGAUUCAAGCCUUCGUCGAGGGUCUUUUCACUCUCAACCAUUCUCUCGAUCGGUUCAAACUUAACUUGAGAGACUUCUUGAUCUCAUUGAAGGAGUUCGCUGGAGACAACACGGAGCUUUAUGCCGAUGAGAAGGAAACAGCCGAAAGAGACGCCAAGGCCGCAGAACGUGAACGUCUAUCCAAGGUUGGAGGACUCAUCAAGCCUGCCGAACUUGAUGAUGAAGAUGAGUUGUGA